AUGCCUCCCAAGAAGAGGGCUAAACAUUCUACGGUCAACACCAAAGAUGGUGACACGGCACCUUGUCGACAAAGCUCAAGAAAUAAUCGCGGUGUUGGCAGCCACGCAGCACAGCUUCAAAAAGCUGGAGAAGCGAUAGCAGCACCAGCAAGAAGUUGUCGGAAAAAUGAUUACCUUGACCUUGACGCCAGUGAUCCCGAAGAAAACUCGAUGGCUCCUUCUCAGAUGCGUGGGGGGAAGAAAAUUGCUCCUGCAAAACCUCGCGCUGUAGGCAAUGGUGCCAGGCGCAAACCUGCUUCUGCGACACCUCCAACUACAAGCAAUGAUCUCGAGUUAUCAUCUCAAGAGCUCGGCAACAAUGUGAGAAAUCGCCCAUUGUACACUUCUCCCCAUCCAGUGCUACGUACUGCUUGCUCUUCUGACAGGUUCGGGUUUAAGGCACCCAUAUCUACUACCACGCAGUGCAUCAAGAAAGUGCCUCAGUCCACUAGCCGCAGAAUGGCUGCACAGGAGGAAGAUGAACGAGAUGACAACGACAACGAAGAUAAGGACGACAACGACGACAAUACUGGCCUUCAUGAGCACAAUGAUACGCAAGAGACUUAUGAUGUUCUCGAAUGUCACCAAGCACAGAAUGGACGAUGCAAGGCUCCCUCACCUUCAUAUCUUUCAAAAGCAACAGGAAAAGCACGCGCACGUGCCUCCACUCGCUCUAUGUCUCCUCGCCAACGCCCAUCUCAACAUUACAACAAUUCGAGAUCUCCUCAUUCACACCUAUCUCAACAUCAUGACAAUUCGAGAUCUCCUCAUUCACGCCUAUCUCAACAUCAUGAUCGCUUGGGAUCUCGCCAACGUGUGCCAUCUGUGGGUGCCUCCUCCGUUCGAGUGCCACCUUCCUCGCAUAAUUCUUCUACUGGCUCCAGGUCUCAACGCCAAAGCUCUUAUCGGCACAUAAUAUCAACACAGGCUUCUUUGCAUACUCAACAUCGGCGCUCCCCAAACACUUCCUCUCGUGGUCGUACGCAACCCUCUUCCCAUAGACACUCUCCAUCGCGGACUCGCUCUGAUCAUGCAAUGACUCCUAGUCGUUCACGCUCUCGUAGUGCUACACCCACUGAUGCUCGCCGCACACAAAACAUCAAGACAAACCAAGACAAUCCUUCCAAGCUUGGGUUUUAUCCGCCUUCUGUUCUCUCCCAUCCAAUUCCAGAACACCAGGAUGCCUUGAAACUUGCGCAAGAAGUCCUUGAUGCUGAAUUGUGGGCAAGUCACCAGAAGAAGCUUAAGUUUGUGCAUGGCUACUUUCCAGAGUACAACCCACAGAUGUGUCGGCUGCUCUGCGACGAUCUCUUCACAUUCCAUACAGAGCUUAAAAAGACUGCCAUCUCCAUUACCAAACAGUCGUAUGAUAUUUUCCCGAAGGGCGCCGUGAUGCGAUCAGAGGAGAUCAAGAAACGUGUUGUUGCAACUGCUUCCAGGCUGAUCAAGACUGGUGAUUACCUUCGGAUUCCUGACUCAUCUAAUGGCAAAUUUAAGAAUUUUGUAUCACAGGCUCUCAAGGACAUUUGUAUCGAGUUUUUCUACAGCAACAGCAAGAAAGCGCUGAAGAACACGGAUGACUUCCACCGGACACUUCCUGUCAACGGCCUCAUUCUCGCAGUGGUGGUUGUGAAGGGUGUAUUUCUGGGUUCAGCGAAACAGGCUCUGACAAGGACCGACUUCGUCAGGUUACAGAAAUCCGUCAACAAGUUGCUCGACAUUCCGGAACGUCGUGAAGAGCUUGAAGAGAUGUUAGCACAAUGGGCUAAGAUUGGUAUGGGCGGAUCUGAUUGGCAUUUGGAUGGGAGUGAUGCAGGCAGUGACGCGGGGACAUCAAUAUCAUACUUUAAUGCGCUGUUCAAUGCUUGA